AUGGACGACUUCAAUGUGAUAAAUUCGGCCGACGACGAUGAUGGAGAAUUACAAUAUCCGUAGGACGAAUCGCAGUCAUGAGAUUCACGUUCAGUUCAUUGAAGAGUCGACGACGAAAUGGGCGCUUCUGGUCUCCGAACGAUCAGUUCUGAAGACGUCGCGUCGCCGGAAGAUGAAGAAGAAGACGUGAUGUCGGCGCUGGAGAGCAGUGGAAUCGAGGCGUCGAUCCGGAAUCGGAAACGAAGAAUUGAAGCCUUGGAGAACAUCUCGGAGAACUAUGGACUUCAUCCUCUGGGUACUCGAAAUUCCUCGAGAAACUUCUGAAAGGGCCGAAAUUCAAACCGAAAAAUUAGGGAAGUUCGGGAGCGAAGAAUAAUUUCUUGUUUUAAGGUUGCUCGAGUGUUUUAUGAUGAUUAUGAUGUUUUAUGAUGUUUUAUGUUCAAAAUAUCUGAAAAAUUUUCUAUAAGUUUUUUGGAUUUUGUAAAACAAAAUUGCAAAUAUCUUCUCUGCACCAAAAACGGAAUUUUGAAGAUUGGCACAUGCGAAUGCCCGUUAUGGCCACGGAAAUCGCUACGAAAGGCUUCCAAUCUGCAGCUAAAAGACAGGUUUUCUUCAUUUAAAUGUUCAGGAACAUUUUCGGAGCUGUUGAAUGAAAAAACUCGUCAAAAUGUGAUCAUACUUCAAUAUUUUAUGAGGCCGAAACAACGGGGUUUCAGGCUUUGGAAGAAUUGCAAAGAAAACUGAACGAAGCCGUGGCGGAAGAGAAUCGACGCGGGCCUUCGAUCGCCGGGAAGGAAAACUUCGAGGACGAAGGCUUCGACGAAAAAUCCGUCUCGCAGAUCUGCGACGAAGAGUUUCGCAGAAGGUUCCACCGCAGAGAGGUUUUCCUGACCCUUGAAAAAGUUUUCAAGAAAUCGUCGCAACUUUAAGUUUCUAGCUAGGGUUCUUUUAAAAAAAAACAAAGUCUUGAAAUGAAGGUGUGUUUUUUCAGGAAGUGAUGUCAAUGCCUCCGAUUGAUGGGUCGCCGUGGAUGGGAAUUUCUGGAACAGAAUCCAGGUUCAGUUCGGAUGGGAUCCUGCGAAUAUCUCCGAGUUUCCAGACUCUACGUGCGGAUGUUCCGAGACAGGAAAGGCCAGAAGGAAAAUCUCCUGGACGCCGUGAUGCGGCAGAUGUCGCGCCAGUCUUUCGGCUACCGCGCCUUCCAGGAAAUAAUGAACGAAGCCGAGCAAAUCAAGUGCUUCUCAGAGUUCCACAGUCCCCAAGAACCGAAUGACUUUCAGGAUACGCAAAGAGGAAGCGAACAAAAAAGAAAAGGAGGCAGAGUUCGAGAAGAUUCUGGAAGCGAUCGACAACGAUGACGUCAUGGAAGUGGACGGUGAUCCGACCAAAUGUUCCGCCCUUUGGGUCAACAAAUACGCGGCCAGGAACUUCGCCGAGCUUCUCAGCGACGAUGUAUGGCGGGCUCAUGGAUCAUGAAUCAAAAAACUUUGAAAAAAGCUUUUUUCUAUCAUUUUUUGCGAUUUUUCUGUUCUUUUGACUCACUCACGAAUUUCACUUGUCUUGUUUCUUUCUUUGUAAAGUUACAAAUUAGGCUAAAAAAUUGUACUAAACUAAAGAACUACUCGGAACUGAGUAGGAGCGCUGAAUAUCAAAGAAGAAAAAGCUGAAAUUUGUUCAGGUAGUAAAUCGGAACUUGCUCAUCUGGCUGAAACUCUGGGACGAAUGUGUAUUCAAAAGGAAAAACGAGAAGAUUUUGAGCGGCGUCAACGAAAAAGAUCGCGAGAUUUUUCAAAUGGACAGUGGAAAAGUCAGAAGGCCUCAUUACAAGGUUUCUUUUUAAAUUUGGAACAUUCAAGAGUAGAACAUUUUUUUUGUAACAACUUGCUAAUUUAUAUAAUUUUCUGAAAAAAAUGAAGCUUGGGUUUAUUUGAUUGGUUGGUAAUAUCAGCAGAAUCUAGCAGAAUUUUCAAAUUUACGGCUCAAAAGGAAACCAAAAAGUCAGUUUCCAAGUGUUCCUAUCCUUAUUAGCCAAAAACCGAAAUCUCGAAAAUGAACUUUUUUUGUUCAUUUUUCUCUGAAUGUGUUCUCAAUUUUUACAUUCAUUUUUUAAGGGUAUGAUGCUAUUCUGAUUUUUUUUGCUUAUAAACUAAGAGCUUAAUGAAGUGUCUUAUAUUUUAUAAAGUGCACGAGAGUUUCCUGAAAAGGAAAGAUUUAAUAUGAAGCUUCAAAAAAGUUCAUUACGAAUCUGUAGUUUCUCUCAGAAAUUUUUUUUUACCAGGCUUAUAGAAAUUCUAGCAUAGUCCCGACCGAAGUAUUUCAACAACUGAACUCAGAUCGUUCUCCUGUCGGGUCCCGCGGGACUGGGAAAGACGACUUUGGCCGGAAUCGUCGCGCGACAAGCCGGCUACGCGACGAUGGACGUCAAUGCCAGCGACGCCCGGACGAACGCCGACCUUCAGCGAGUUCUUGAAGGCGCUGUCAAAACGACGCGAACUCUGGACGCGGUAUUUACAACUGAAAGACGUUUUCAAUGGGAUUUUUGAGGACUCGAGGCCGUCGUGUCUCAUUUUGGAUGAAAUCGAUGGAUGUGCCGUCGACACGAUCCGAAAUCUGGUCAAGGCGAUCCAGGCCUCUGGAAAAAAGGCCCUUCGACGACCGAUCAUCGGCAUUUGCAAUAACUUGUGAGUAAUGGAAAGGAAUAAAAUUCGAAUUUUUUUUAUUACGAAUUCGGAUAAGGGUUUUUUUUUGAAUUGCCAACAGAUUUUUUGCCACGAUAGCAUUUCGAUGAGUAUUUUCAAAUUUUCAACAGUGUAAAGAUUUUUCUUGAACUUGGCACAGUGUUCUCUCCUCAUACUAUACGAUAAUAAUGACCCAGCAAAAAAAAAUUUAAAUAUUUAAUUCGAAUAAUAAAAAUUUCAGUAAGAUACUUUAUCGUUUUUUUCAUUUUCUUGAGUAUAAAAAACUGAAUUCUAGAAAGAGAAAAGUUAAAAAAAAAUUUCUGAAUUAAAGAUAUGCCCCAGCCAUUCGAGAGCUGCGAGCAAUCGCGCUUUGCAUACAGCUUGGCCCAACAAAUCAGGAAAAUUUGACGCGACGACUUCAACUUGUAGGCGUUUCUUAGUGACAGAAAGUGUGUAAGAAGUGUACAGAUAUGCGAUCGCGAAGACCUUCGAUGCGAUCUCGCGACGCUGCGACGUCUCUGCGAAUUGUGUGCGUGCGACAUGCGACACGCGAUCAACUCGCUGCAGUGGGUGGCCGUCGCCGCCAGAAAACGCCGGAUUCCCAUCACUUCCAAACUCGUUCAGGAGGUACAAGAUUGCUCCGGGGCUCUCUGAGAAGCUUCAGGAUAGACCAGAGACUGAAAAAUUCUUUCACCCGCAUAGUUAACUUACAUAUAUUAUAACUUUUAAUUUUUCUUCUAUUGAUUUUUUUCGAAGCUCUAUGAAAAAAAUAUUCAAACUCGUGUUUAUAUUCUGAUCCUCAAGUUAACCGUACGAUCUGAGGUUUUAAAUAAAAAUUUGAGCUACAUUUUUUUAUACUGAAAAACUGUUUGAAAAAAAUUUCAGAAAAUUUCAAGUAUGAAAAACAGGGCGUCGAUUGUGCCUUGGAGGAAAAAAAGUUAUGUAGAACUAUUUGAAAAGAAUGACGCGCAACAGUGGUUUUAAAGGAAAUGUGGAAGUUAUAGAAUUUAUUAGUUGGUCGAAAACACUUAUUUAUAGCAGUUUUUCUUAUUUUAAACGACGGCUGGAAAAAUGAGAAGCGAAGCUAAAGUCUUUUUUUAGGUGAUUGAGCGAGAACGCAGUGGGACUUCCUCCAUCUUUGAGAACUGGCAAACAAUGUUCGACCUCAAAAGACACCUCGAUUCGUAUGUUCGAAGCUCUUUUUAGGGACACUAAUAUAUAUGUUUGAAGGAAAGGACGAGUUUUUUCGAUACACGACCGCGCGGUCCGAAUCGAAAGGCUCGCCUUGGAUUACGGAGACGACCGAUUCGUCUCCGGUCUCCACGCGAAUUACCUCGUUUCCUUGCCGGUCGCCGUCCUCCGAAAAGCCGCCGGAUGGUUUCAGUUCUACGACCUCCUCCAGAGAAUUGUCUAUAAAUCCAUCGGAUACAAAGAAAGUCGAUCGUCUUUCAGAUCCACAGCUAUCAGAACUACACACCCAUGCGAUAUUCCUUCGCCUUUUACGUCUCACUUCAUCUCCUUCUGGCCACUCAUGCAAAGUUUUUCCAAUAUCUAGAAAGAUUCUCAUCGGAAUUUUCAGAGUGAGCGUCCAAUAUCCGCAGGUCGAACAGUCCAUGUUCAGUAAAGUUGAAGUGAGUUUUAAUGGGUAAGAAAAAAGGAUGUAGAAUACAUUUCAAAGACUUAAAUUGGCCAACGAAAUAAAAGUGGGAACACGAGAUGUGUUUCCAAUAGUUGUUCCGCCUAGCUUCUUUCGAAAAUUCUGAAAAAUGAUACGUUAAAAAUACAACCUUCCACUUCGGCUACGUUCUCAAGGUCAGUUUUCUAACAACUUUUUUUUCAAAACGAUUCCUAUUUGGAAUAAACUUACAUCCAAAUAUCAGUUCACACUUCCACCUAAUUCUUUGAAAAAAUUAUUGGUCGUUUUACCUCGCAACGAAUUUUUUUACCUCUAUUCCACCAAGACUUUACUGAUCUCAAUUUUUUUGUUUUUUUACUUCAACUUUUUUCCUCAUUUUAAAUUGUAGAUCGAAGUGAACUCGUUGGGGUUCACACUGAUCUGUGAAUAAAUUAUUAUUAUUAACCUUCUCCAAAAAAGACUUUGACAUUUGAAAAUUAUCCAAAAUUAUUAAGAAUCGAAAAACAUCUGAAGCUGAGUUUCAAACACAAAAAGUUGUUCCUACGAAUAAAAUUCGAAGUAGCCGCGGGUUAUAAUAAACUUUUAUCCCAUUUCAUUGUCCGAUUGAGAGGCUCAAAACGAAUAUAUUUGUCAGAGAGUCUACGGAUACUCUGGAUACUGUCCGCAUGGGCGGCGAGACAUCCAGAAGCGUCUCGAGGAACAAACUCCUUCUGGACGUCCUUCCACUGCUUGUCAGAAUCGUUCAGCCGCCCAUCAAACCGGUGAGCUUUGGAGCCCAUUUCUAAAAGAUCAGAGUCGCUUCAGUCAAAUUUCGGUGCACAAACCUUGCUUUAUUUGAUGAGUUACUCUUCCAAAAGCUGAAAGUUUUCACUUCUUUCGUUUCUUUUUCAAGAACAAGAUCUUUCAAUAGAAAAAAGUUUUUGAGAGUACUUCGUGUUUAAAUCUAAAUAAAAGUGUCCUGAAAAAAAUUAAAGUUAUUUUUUUGAUUUCAAAUUUGUGCCAGAUGAACGAGCACCUGUACACUCAACGCGAACAGUCGCUUCUGAACUCGGCCGUCGCGGCGAUGUGCGACUACGGACUCACCUUCGUGCCGACGAUCAUCAAGGAACAAGUCAACUAUCUUUUCCAGCCGUGAGUACUGCUCCAGCGACUCCAGAAAAGAAUUGUUUCAGAGCCGUCGAUGUCCUGACCAUGUUCGAAGUGGUCGACGACAAGAAACGCGUCUACCUUGCCAAUGCUACGCGACAACUUCUUGCACAUAAAGUCAUUCAGAUUUUCAUUCUCAUGACAUUAUUUGUCUCAAAAUCUUCCAGAACCAAUUCAUAGCGAUUUUGAGACUGCUCGAAAAAAUGUUAGUUGGAUUUUUGCAAGUUACCAAAGGAAUAUUUCUUUAAAAAAGGUUCAGUGGGCUUGAGAAAAGAAAGAUUUUUUUCAAGUUAGACAUUUUAAUUACUUUCUCGGAAGUUUAGCAUCCCAGUUCCUCAAAAGGGGCUUCAAAACUUUUUUCUCAUUUUCUGAUAAUUCAUGAUACUCUUUUCCGCCUAAUAGACUCGAGACAUGAUAAUUUCAGAUAACUCUUCUUCGAGUGAACUUGUUGGAUCGCGACGCGGCGACGGUGCUGACCAACACUGCCAAGAUCAAGGAACUCGUGGCGGCGGAAAAGGAAAAGACGACGUCUUCCGAUUCGAAGUCGACGCGACGACGUCUUCGGCAGUUUGGCGACGUCCACUUCGAGUUCCUCGGCGGAGACCAGAAUGCCGUCAAGAAGAAGAUCUCCAUGAGCAACUUCUCGGCCUUGGUUUUUGGGUCGACUUGAAUCAUUCAAUAAUCCUUUCUCAAAACUAAUCAGUUUUAAAAAACCUUAUUAACAAUUUUUAGCUUGUAAAUUUUGAACAUUUUUUUCUUUAAUCGACUCACUUGGGCUUUUUAUUGCCUCUAAUGACGGUUUUGCCUCACUUAAACAUUCCUUAUUUUUUAAUGAACUUGAAAUAUUUCGUUUUUCUAUUUUUGUAAAAUUUUCUGCUUUAAUGCGACGAGUUGGAAGCGUGAAUUCUGAAGUCAGUGUUUAGGUUGAAUGAAGAUAAGCUCUAAAAUCAUCGUAACAAUUUAUCGCUUCCAUUACAAUUCUCAACUUUCAUGCCGUGUUCAAUUUGAUUCCGCGAAAUGCAAAAUGAUCUCUGACUCUCCAAAAUUUAGUGAUCUUUUCCUUUCUCUAACGGGUAUUUUGCAUUUCGCGGAAUCAAAUUGAACACGGCAUCAGGCGUCCGAGAAUGAUGAAAGUCUCACAUCAUUUUUAGAAAAAACACGCGUAAAAAGAAGAUCUUAAUCAGUUGGCAGUGAUAUAAAAGGCGACGUCGAGUCAGUUCCGCAUUUGGUCGUUGCGUGUGCUGAUUCGCGUGUGCCGCAGCGUUUUCGACGUGUUCGGGUGUUCUCCGUCCGACGUCCUUCACUGA